AUAACAAACGCAAAAUGUCAACGUAACGCGUCCGUCAAAAUAGCAUCUGUCAGUGCGUGGCGUUAAUCAGAUCAAUUUUAUUCAUUUUCUCCGUAUUUUUUGCGAUUUUUUUAACAUGUCUGUUACAAAAAUACCGCCGAUUACUAUGAGUAAAUUAUACGUUGGUAAUUUACCAUUAGAAACCAACGAGAACUCGAUUCGUCAACUUUUCGUCGAGCAAAGUUUGUCGUGUACAAACAUUUUGAUCAAACGAGGCGGAUAUGCUUUCGUGGAUUGUCCGGACCAGUCUUCUGCCGAUAAGGCCAUUGAUAAACUUAACGGUUAUAAUUUUCAUGGAUCUCUGUUAGUGGUGGAGCCCUCUGUAGCUUCUGGAAAGAGAAGGAGUUUUCCUGAUACUCCACCUAUGCAGCAAGUAGGAAAUGGUUGGAUCCAAACAUCCAAGAUCAUAUUAUCGAACUUGGGGCCACAAAUAAAAUUCGAGGACAUCGAACACUUAUUAGUCCAAUACGGCCGGGUUAUCCAUUGCGAUAAACUCACCUCCAAAGAUCCUACCACUCAGGUUGUUCAGAUCACUUACGAAACUACCGAGCAAGCCCAAGAGGCAGUUGCGCAACUAAAUGGAGUGGAGGUAGAAGGUAAACCCCUAAAGGUGGAACUCGCGGUAGAAAAACGAUCCCGAAGAGGUCCCAGGGGUCCGGGGGCCCCUUUUGGGGGCCUUCCCGGACAAACACGCCAAACGGACUUUCCACUUAGGAUUCUUGUACAAAGCGAUAUGGUAGGAGCAAUAAUUGGCCGACAGGGCUCCACGAUCAGGCAAAUUACACAACAAACAAGAGCGAGGGUCGACGUCCAUCGGAAAGACAACGUUGGAUCUCUGGAAAAAGCCAUCACUAUUUAUGGGAAUCCUGAAAAUUGCACCAAUGCUUGUAAAAAGAUCUUGGAAGUGAUGCAGCAGGAGGCCAAUAAUACCAACAAGGGUGAAAUCUGCCUAAAAAUCCUAGCACACAACAACCUAAUAGGUCGUAUUAUUGGGAAAGGAGGAAACACGAUAAAGCGAAUCAUGCAGGAGACCGAUACAAAAAUUACGGUUUCGAGUAUUAAUGAUAUUAAUUCGUUCAAUCUGGAACGCAUCAUCACGGUGAAAGGCUCGAUCGAGAAUAUGAGUAAAGCGGAGGCUCAAAUAAGCGCGAAAUUACGGCAGAGCUACGAGAAUGACUUGCAGGCGAUGGCGCCUCAAUCCAUGAUGUUCCCAGGGUUGCAUCCAAUGGCAAUGAUGGCCACCGCGGGCAUUGGAUAUGGAUCCAGGGGACUUUAUGCCGGACAGGCGCCGUAUCCGGGCAUGUAUCCUGCGGGAGGGCCCACAGGCCAAGGCGGACCGUCGGGUGACGCCCAAGAGACCACUUUCCUUUACAUUCCGAAUAAUGCAGUCGGGGCCAUUAUCGGCACCAAGGGGUCGCACAUUCGCAACAUAAUUCGCUUUUCGGGUGCAUCAGUGAAAAUCGCCCCAUUAGACGAAACUAAACAGGAAGCGCCGACGGAGAGGCGGGUUACGAUAGUCGGUACACCAGAAGCACAAUGGAAGGCUCAGUAUUUGAUUUUCGAAAAAAUGCGCGAGGAAGGUUUCGUGGCCGGUUCCGACGAUGUCCGAUUAACCGUGGAGAUUCUAGUUCCGAGCUCGCAGGUCGGGCGUAUCAUCGGAAAAGGCGGACAAAACGUACGCGAAUUGCAAAGGGUUACCGGGAGCGUUAUCAAGUUGCCCGAACAGGGCGCCACGCCCGAAAGCGACGAGACCACCGUACAUAUUAUCGGGCCUUUCUUCAGUGUUCAGUCUGCGCAGCGAAGAAUCCGCGCGAUGGUACUACAAUCGGCAGCGCCACCUGCCGGUCGUCAGCCGCGCAGCUCAUCCCAGCAGGCGCGUCCACCCAAAGAGCCGAGCCAAAGCGAGGGCGGGCCCUCGGACCUGCAAUAGAUCAAUCGACUGCGGCCACGACCGUCGUAAACUUCACGCACUUUCACUGCCGCCAGAUGCCGCCUCUUUGUGCUCGCUACGAACGCGCGCACGCGUUUCGCGCAUACCAACUUUUCUUUUUCCCCUUUUAAUUACAACUUAUUGUGCUGUCUGUGUGCGUUCUCGUUUUUUGGGGAUCCCAUCCACUCCGUUACUGUGGAGAGAGUGAGAGAGACAAAGAGGGACGGUUUCAAUUUUUUUUUGUUUGUUCGUUUGUUCUUUCCUAGUUAAUGAGCACUUGUGUCGUGAUUAGACGGAUGGAUCCCCUAAUUCCUUGUUUGACGUUGCUUUAACAAGUAUUUUUAUAUGGGGUGAUUUCAUACGUUGCCCGCCCUGUAUAGUGGGUACUUAAAGUAACGUCACUUAUAGGUAUUAAUUCGGGAAGGAGUUAAUAGUAAUCGGUUUAUUCUUACAUUUCAUUUUUAACAGUAGGUUUACACAUUUUUUGUGGUAUGUAUUGUAUAUAAUAAUAUCAGGGUGGUUCGAAAAUACCGCGCAAUUUCGCGAUUUAUUUUCGAGAGACACCUCCUCUAGACCAGUGUAAGAUAAGGGUUAACGUUGCUUAAAUAAAGAUGCGGUGCGCGCGUUGAUAAGAUACGGUAUAUGUGAACCAGGUGCCUAUUUGUUACAAUCUACCUCAACAAAUCAAAAAAAAACAAUCUAAGUAAAUAAUUAUUAGAUAGUUAUAGUUCCGUGUAGUAGAGAUUUCAGUUUGUUGUUUUUACAGGCCAUAUUAUAAUAAUAUACACGUCAUACUUAAUAUUGUUAUUUACAGCAUAAACAUUUUCUCAUAGCAAUUUACGCAUGCACACCUCACAUAUUAUUAACUAUAACUGUUACGUAAUUAUAAGGUAAGAACUACCAAAGAUUGAUUGGACCGGCUACACCGCGCCUGCGCGAUCAUUUAAUAUCAAUUGAACUUAAAUAAUUUAAAAGUAAGCAACCUGAUUGGACCUGCGCAGCUUACCGGAAGUUGUCAAUGUUCCUAUAGGACUUUUUUCAGUGGCGUAGCGAUUUUUGUGUGGUUUUUAUUUUUGGUUGAUAUACAUUUUUAUGUUUUCUAUAAAGGGAUAGUGUUGAUUCUGGGAAAACUAUAAUUAGUGGAAAAAAUUUGAGUUUUCAGUUUUAGCUGGUUAAUCAGGCUUACCUCAAGUAAUGGUUAAUUAAUUUUAUGGGAAACCAUACAUAUAUCAUUACUUUUUUUAAUAAUCUUACAUUACAUUUGGAUUUACUAAUAUUAAUAGAGUAGUACUAUAUUAUUCGAGGAUCCAUUUUUCUUCCAAAUAUAUACUCAAAAAUUUACAUUUUGAGAACAACACUUCUGAUAUCUGAGUUACUGAUUCAUAAUCGGAAAGCCAGCAUGAUUUUAACAAUUUGAGUCAACUAUGAGUAAUACUACGAGAAAAUAUCUCUGGUAUACUAAAUCAACUAAGAUCAAAUCAUCUCAUUUAUAAUUCUGAUACAGAUGAUGAGCAUGUGAGCUUGCGAGUAAAUGAUUAAGAUACACAAUUACAUUGGGAAGACAGAUAAGAUAUUUGAGUAACUGAUGCAUCUGAAACGUGAUUUUACACUUUGAAAUUUAUAGGUCAAGUGAUCCUAUUUAUCCGUAAUCACUCCAGAAAAUUAUUUUUCACUCGGGAUGCUCCCAACUAUUUAAUUGAACUAAAUACAUUAAAGAACAAAAUAGGCCUACGGCAUUCAACUAUGUUGGAUGCAGAAGAGGGAAAAUACUGUUUAGUUUUACUCGUAGAUGUUUCAUGAAUGAUAAAUUAAUUUAUUAACAAGCCAAAAACUUUAAUUUUAUUUAUGGAAAAGAGUAUCGUAUAAAUAUGCACGAUCUACGAUCGAUCGACUACUCUUCGAAUCAUUGUUCAAGGAAUUGCGUUGAUUUCAUCCGUUAUUUUUUGCUUCAACUCUCUCAAAUCUUAUGGCGGUGAAGUGUAUACCUUACUCAUAAGGAAAAAAUCUACUGGUGUCAAAUCGGGACUUCUCGGUGGCCAGUUAAUGUCUCCUCUGCGACUGAUGAACAUCUCUGGGAAUAACUGAUAAAGAGUAUUCAAGGAAUAAUUUAUGACAUAAGAAGCUGCUAGCCAUCUUGCUGGAAAAACUUGGUUCCAUUGUAGCAACCAUGGUUCUAUAUUGCAGGAGUUAAAAAAUGUUCUAAUUAGUGGCGUUCACAUGUUACAGAUUGGCCACGAUUAUCUUCAAAAAACAUACGGGCCAAUGAUUUGGUCCUUGGUUUGACAGUAGUCCAACAUAACUUUAGAUCAGUGUCAUGUAAUGUAAGUAUUAUGCUCAUCCCAGUAUCAGCAGUUCUGUUUAUUAAGAUGUCCAUUAAUAUGAACACUCGAUUUUAAUAAAAAAAACGAUCUUGUAUGGAUGAAAAUGCAAAUCCUUCCCAAUAAUGCGCUGAACAGUUGACUUUGCGAAGGUAUAGAGACGCUCCACGCAGUCUUAAUGAUUUACGGACUCGUUAACCGACUGGGCACACAUUUAAUAUUUUCGCUCGAUCUUGCUCACCUUGGAGGUCCAGGCGAUUUACUAAGAAUGCUUUUCAAUUUUCUUAUCAAAUAUUUAAUUAAAUUUGUGCUUGUUACAUCUCUCAUUCUUGCCAUAUAAUGAGUUUUGUACCAACGGCGUACAAGAACAUAAGAAUCAUUGUUUUUUAUAAAAGCUGUGAAUAGAAAAAUCACGUUGCGGCCCUGUAAAUCGCUCCAACUAAAAUUUAACAAUGUUGCCUUAAAAAGUCGAUUUUUUUCUGCACAUAAUUCGUUGUCUGAAAAAUGUAAACAAGAAUGUAAGGCUUCAUAUCUUCAUCUAGAUAGUUGAGUGACUUUAUAAGAUUUCAGUUUUAUGAAUUAGGCUUUAUAAUAGUACUCCAAAAAUCUUUUAGACGAGGUUUUGAAUUUAAUCUCGUCUGCAUAAUUAUUCCUAUGAACUUAAGCAUUUGUUUGUGAGUCGUGUCACUCAAAUUGGCUGGAUUUGCAAUACCAGAUAUGAUCAAUUUUUUUGGACGCACCGAUCUGAUUCUAUAACUAAGAGAUCAAGCAGUUCUUUAGUAAGAAGUAACUUAUAAAACGAAAGCGGGCAGUCAUCAAAACGUGUUUCCACACUUGGACCUAAAGUACUAGUUUGUGGACCUAUAAAUUUAUUUAGGUACUCUUCUUCAACGUAAUUCCAAAUUACUUUUGUUAGUGACGCCUUCUCCCUCGUUAUCUGAACUUGAGGACUAAUAUUUAUGUCGUGAACUUCAAAGUUAUAAACAGGCGAUAAAAAAUUACCUGUUGUGGAUCAUUCUGGUUAUUUAGUUUCUGUGAAUCGUCUCGAUUUUAGAGUAUUUUAGAAUUGUGAUCUUCUUUAAAAGGUUCCUCACUAGCGUGUACCAUAAAUCAGCAUCUGAAUCAUCAAAUGGCUCGUCAGUAUCACUUACAUUUUGAACCAAGACUUCAAACUAUAAGUCUCAGAGAGGUCAAUUUUUCACCUCGAUUUACGAAAAAAUUACGGUUAUAAUAGCACUUAACCAUAAGCAAACUGCAAACGAGUAGUGACCAGAAAGACACGUGUUUUAAACUAGAACCUAAAAUCAUAAGAAGGUAUAAAUGCAUGGUAACUGUGUUCAAAUAAGAUAUACAGUCAAGUAAAGGCGUAGAAUAUUCACGUGUAUUAAAAAGAUACAGGCAAAACUUUUUGCGUAUUGCUUUUAGUACACAUAGCGAUCAACGUGUUAACUAAUGAAUACCACUUUAUUUUUUUAUAAUUAUAGUUUUCCCGUAAUUUACCUAUGAACCUUGUAAAUGUUUGUUGUAUUAUCAUUAUAAAUGCAACAUUCUCAGUAUUUACUGCUUCUAUGUAAGAUCUACCCUUAAAUGGAGGAACUGAUAAAGUUAAUUUAGUCUAGCUUUUGGGGUACCUUUAGGUAUUUCCAAAAAUACAGAAAAUUAGUCCCGGUAUUUCACUUUAUGUAUAACAACCAAAAAAAAAACCAGCAAAUAAUAAAAAGAAACAUAUUCAACAAAUAAAGAACGCGUGUAAACUGGACAACAUCGCGCGCGAGUGCUAUUACUAUUACUAUUAUUAUUACGAUGGACAAUGUAACUAUAAUUUUUAUUAUUAUCUAUUGAAAGCUUUUUUUUUUUUUAAAUUUACUAAUUUAAUCUUAGGAGAUUGUUAAUCGAUUUUUGUGGGCGCGUUAAAGACGUCGGUGCGGCUCCCAAAGUUAUUAUUUCUGUUAAAAAAAAAAAACGAAAAACAAAAAAACGGAGCCGUCCCUGCGUUUUUAUCGUAUAUAAUAUAAUAUAUACCUUAAGGAGGCCCCGCAGAGAUUUUGCGAACAGGGUGUACACUGUACACGCGCUGUUGCCAAAAUUUCGUGUGAGUUUUCCAGGGCGACGCGUCGGGACGUCUUGCGUCAAGACGAGCCGAGCGUCGCGUCCCUUAUAGUACAAAGGAAAAUCGAAAAAAAAAAUGAAAGGGAUGAUUGAAGGACGACGAUGUAAAAAUUUAAUAUUUUUGAUAUAAAAAUGAUUGUUCGUUCGUUGGGGAGGAUGAUAUUUUUUUUGUUAAAAAGUAAAAAAAAAAUGAAAAAAAUCAAAUUAAACGCGUUAUAAUAUAUAGCGGGGUCGCUAUUUUAGAAAUUGUGAAAAAAAUGGAUAUAUUUAUUAGAUUUUUUAUGUAUAAAAUUUUUUAAAUUAUUUGUAAAGAUUUUAUGAAGUGCCAAAGUGCAAAAAUGAAAAAAUGGGGCGACGGGCGGCCGAGGGGUGGAAGGAGAAGUGCUGCCAAAUCAUCAACGUAGUUUAUGAAAAAUUAUACCAAAAAAUGUGUACAUUUAGUAAAGCGGGUGUGCUUCUCCUUCUUUUUUUUUUUCUCAUGUCCGUCGUCAGGGAACUGCGUAUUUAUUAAAAAAUAAGUGUUUAAAAAUUAUAUCGAAAAGGGUACACAUGUAUUUAUUUCUGCGUAAUUUUCUCGUUAUACAUGCACUUCUGAGCCCAAACAACAUUCAGGGAUCAUUUACAUUUUCGGACAUAAUUGGAAUAAUAGAGGACAGUUCGCACAUUUUUCGGGCAUGCUAGAAGAUAAAAAAAAAAUGGCUUCUUUCGAAUAAAUUGCUUUGGGUUUUAUUUCCUACAGUUUCAUCGAGUUAUUCUAGGAAAACCUCCAGGGUGAACUCGCUAAAUUGUACGAAACAACUUGAAAAAACUAACACUAAACCUAAAUUUAAUUGAUUUGAGGCAUCCAGUAAUAGAUUUAGAACCUCCGUACGACCAAUAUGGUUCGAUGCCUAAAAUCAAUUUCAAGGGAGUUUAGCCAUUCAAUCCAUUUAUUUCACACAAUAUAAAAAAAAUAAAUAAAGAGAAGAGACGUCAACCGAUGGAAUUUCAGGCCGCAAAAAAUUAUAACAAAGAAGCCGAUCGUCGUCAAAAAUCGCUCCCCGUUUUUGGGGCGUUUUUUGGGCCGAAUCGCUUUUUGUUCCAGACCCCCCAAAAAUUAAAACCCAUACAUUUAGGUAUAUAUAUUGGAAAAAAAGGGUAGCCUCUGCGUCAUUUGCAACCCAACCACAACAAUAAUUUUGCGAGUGACUUUAAGGUUUAUUUGAUUUUCAGUUUUUAUCGAACUUAAUUGGGAAUCAUUCAGUGGAUGAACGUCUAUCCGCGAAAUAGUUCUAAACUAAAAAUCAAAUUAUAUUUUCGAGUCAUUUCGUUCGCUCGUUGUUGUUAAAAAUAUAGCAGCAGUUUGUAUUAGUGUAAAAUAUGCUUUCUCUUCAUAUUUUUGUUUUUUAAUCUAUGUUUUUUUUUUUUUAAUUAAUUUCUUCGAAUCGUAGAAUAGUUGCUAUUGUAAUAGAUUUAAAACAAAUCAGUCUAAGCCAGUCCGAGUAGAAAAGAAUCAAAAACAAGGGACUUUUUCAGCUUGAUAAUGCUAAUCGUUCAUUGCCACCUACCUAUGUAAUGCUAUUAAGUAUAUACAGGGGGAUCCGAAAAAAGGGUAACAUUACUCUGUAGUUACCCUUCAAAACCCCCCCAACUGUACUGUAAUAAAUUAGAUAUAAUUUACUGCUUGCGGGUAAUUUAUAAGCGGGCACAUUAUUAUACUGAAAAAUCCAAAUGUAUAAUAUUUACAGUGUGUGCCAAAAACUAAAGAUUUAUUGAUAUAACUGGAAGCAAACUUUCUGAUUUAUUUUAAUUUUUUUAAAAACAAUUAAGUUCAUUAUUUAAAAAAAAAACACCAAUGCUGCGGCACAUACUGCAUAAAUACUGCCCGUUUAUAUAAUAAUCAAUAUGGGUUAUCAUCAGUGCCUAAAAAUUGAAUCUGUUUACGGGUAAAAUUGACAGUUGUUUAUUUAUUAGUAAGGAUAAUUAAUUAAUUAAUUAAUAAUAUAUUGAUAAUAUUACGUUAACUACUAUAGUUUCACUCACCAUGAUGUUAGAUAAAGAAGUGUUUAUUAUAUUAUUAUUAUUAUUAUUACUACUAUUAAUAAUAUUACUAUAUUAUGUUGUGUUAUUAUAUAUUUUUCUUGCGGCGUACUAUUUGUUUUUAUUUUCUCGUGUUAACAACUUGAAAUGGGCUUAGGUGCUUUAAAUCGGUUGCACCAAUACCAUUUUAUAAAUGAGCCUAAAGCGCCGCAAAACUUUUAAUUAGUCUGUAUUGUUUACACCUAAUAAAUAUAUUUACACAUAACCGGUGCAAAAGUCGACUUUACUCGUUUAUCAGCGAAUAAACCCCCUUACACCUCAUUUAAAAAAAAUAUAUAUAGGAUAAAGUGUUUUUUAGUUUACUUAGUGAAAAAUGAAAACAAAUGCACACAUAUUCAACUGUUUCUGAGCUUUCAGUGUCAUAGUUUAAGAUUCACUUUACAUUUAACCCCCUUCCCUCCAUCAUAUACGUGUAGUAGCCUUAUUAUUAUUAUUAUUAUUAUUACUAUUAUCACCAUUAUUAUUUCAUUUCUGAUUGACACUAUAUUAUCUAUAGUUAAUGAACAUAAAGCAAGGCUGGAAAGAGACUGAUUCGUGCAAAGCCAGCCAGCGCUGUAUGUAGAUUUAGUAAGUUGCUUAGGUGCGGAUAGUUCUCUAUUUUUUUUUUGUAAAACUUCAUGGUCGAAUAUAGCUGGAUAAACGUUCAACCAUCUAGUUAUUUUAACUAGUAAAUUAUUUCUUACACUCCAACUAUGUUCUAUUAAAAUUACCUAACAUAGAUGAAACAAUGUAACUUUGAAUAUAUAAAUAGCCCAGUAACCACUAUCCGCAACACUAAGAGAAAGUAAACUACCUCAAUAAUUAUAUAUUUCUAUGAAACAUUUUUGUUGUUCAUGUUUUACUUCGGGUAUUGAUAUAUAAGUUUAAGGUUAAUAUUUCUGGUGAAUGCUAUUUGUGUAAUGUUUAAAAGUAAAAGUGUAUCUGUACUGCGUGUGCCAUUGCCAUUGUUAAACCUCAUAAUACACCCAUAAUCAAAAGUCAAGUGAGGGUGGCGGGACUGAUGUUUCCCCAUCCAAACUUGACGCUUUAAUCUCAGGUAUUAAACUCAGGUUUUGCUUUGAACAGUUUAAUGAACACAUAAAUCGAUAUUUUUUAACAGUGUUUUUAAUAAUGUAGAAUGUUAGAUGGUCAAAGGUGCACAAAUCGGUAUUGUAAACUUUAUCAGGCUACUUUUGUUCUGGCUCCAGUCAUUUAUAAGUUUAAAUAAAUAGUGUUCCCUUA